AUGGCCAGUAUAGUCACCGGCCCUCUAGGUCGAUUCCGUAAAAACGGAUCCCACAAACGGCUGCACGAACGAUGGGGCGACGUGGGCAUCACCGUUCCCACCGAGGGCUCCUGGAACCAGCGCGACAACCCCCACCGGUCAUCAGACCGCAGACGACCCGCCUACGAAGUUCUAAGUCGAGGACAGGAUAGUCCUGUCGAGGAUCAUCACGAAUCCACCCAACCCAGCUCUUUCUCCGUCAAGGCGCUAAACCCGCGCCGUCUUUCCAUGCGCAUCAGCUCCCGCUCCAAACCCACCACCGACUACCCUAAAGAGAACACUACCCCCACCGACCGUCAAACCAAAGCAGAAAGAAGGGUAUCUCAAUUCACCUACCGACCAAUUCACCAAGAUUAUCCCACGGAGAUGGCUGAGAAGGCUUCUCGACAGAGUCAGCACUCUCCCCGGUUCAAGUACAUUCCUACUGCGCCUCAGUAUGCUGAGGAACUUGGACUCACGACUUCACGUCGCUGGUCGACUCAGCGGCAUAGUGUGCAGAGUAGUUGUCCGAGUGAGGGAACGGGGCGGAGUCAUCGCCGGUAUCCUGAUGCUGCAGAGGAUUGCUACGAUGAUGAGUACUAUGAGGAGCGGAAAGAGCGGUAUGAACGACCAUUAUCUACUCGACGAGAUAGGAGCAGUGUGGACUACUAUAGUGCUGCUGCUAGUCGACGGGGCAGUCCGGCGUUGGGUCGCAGUGGGGGAGCCACGGAGAAGCGGGGCCGAUCUGGGAGAAACUUGACGACAGCGAUGGUCCCGGAUGCCGAUGAUAUUUAUGGAUAA